AACAAAAACAAAAGAAAAAAGAAAAAAAAGAUAACGCCAACUAAUCCGAAGGACUCGUCAGCCUCCGAAAACCCCAAAAUCGAAAGCCAAAAGCGGAGAAAGCGCCGCUGGAUUGGACUAAACAAUGCCAGUGUUCAAAACUCCGUUCAACGGUUACUCCGUCAAGUUCAGCCCCUUCUACGAGUCCCGGCUCGCCGUCGCCACCUCUCAAAACUUCGGCAUCCUCGGCAACGGCCGCCUCCACGUCAUCGACCUCUCUCCCGCCCCUCUGGGCCCCGGCGUACCCCGCCAACCAAUCACCGAGCUCGUCUCCUACGACACCGCCGACGGCGUAUACGACGUCGCAUGGUCUGAGUCCCACGAUUCCCUCCUAGUCGCCGCCAUCGCCGACGGAUCCGUCAAGAUUUACGACACCGCUCUGCCCCCGGCCUCCAACCCCCUUCGCUCCCUCCACGAGCACACGCGCGAGGUCAGCUCCGCUGAUUACAACCCCACGCGCCGUGACUCCUUCCUCACCUCCUCCUGGGACGACACCGUCAAGCUAUGGACCGUUGACCGUCCUGCCUCGGUUCGAACCUUCAAGGAACACGCAUACUGCGUCUACUCCGCCGUAUGGAACCCCCGCCACGCCGAUGUAUUCGCCUCCGCCUCCGGCGACUGCACUCUGCGCGUGUGGGACGUGCGAGAGCCUGGAUCCACGAUGAUUAUCCCCGCGCAUGAGCUCGAGAUCCUCGCGUGCGAUUGGAACAAGUACGACGACUGCUGCAUCGCCACGGCGUCCGUUGACAAGUCGAUCAAAGUCUGGGACGUGAGGAGCAUGAGGGUUCCGAUCUCGGUGCUCAACGGCCACGGCUACGCCGUGAGGAAGGUGAAAUUCUCGCCGCACAGGCAGAGCCUGAUCAUGUCGUGCUCGUACGACAUGUCGGUUUGCUUAUGGGAUUACAUGGUGGAGGAUGCGCUGGUGGCGCGGUACGACCACCACACGGAGUUUGCGGUGGGUGUGGAUAUGAGCGUGUUGGUGGAGGGGCUUCUGGCGAGUACUGGUUGGGAUGAGCUUGCGUAUGUUUGGCAGCACGGGACCGAUCCUAGAGCGCCGUAAAGGAUGCGAGUGAUAGACAUUGUGAUUGGUACUCGUAGCGGAUUGCAGGUCAGAGCCUUGCCGUCCUCCAUGCUUUUUUAUGAUCUGAUAUUUCCGAUUUGGUAUGCAUAUACAUAGUUGACACUAUCAGCUUAGAGUUUGUUUGUUGCUUGAAGUGGAAGCUGUUGAUUACUUACUGACUAGAAAUGUUGAGGCAUGGGAAGGAUUUGUAAGCCUUUCAUGGCCUCAUCAGUAGAAACAAACUAGCUAAGUGUGCUUGUGCGCGUCCGAGAGACGAGCAAGGUAAAAGUCCUUGAUUUGUUUAUAGAAUGGAAGAACGAUUAUAAUCUAGUUUGUUCUUGGA